GUGAUCCACAAUUAUUUAAGAUUACAACCUAUGACACAUGAGUGAGCACACACUUCUGCUACGCUCAUACCACAACUUGUCUUGUCUUGUCCCUUCUCUCUCUCUCUUCUCUCCUUCACCAAUACAAAUCUCUCUCUCUCCUCUCUCUCUGCACUAUACCACUCCUAUAUAUAUCUAUCAUCAUCACACACGCCACAGGUAUUAUAGGGCGGUUCCAAAAACAGAUAAAAUAACUACAUUUUCUUCAAUUCCCUUACCCCUUUUGACUGUGGCGAGAAUCUUCAGAAUGGUAGUAGCUGCUGGUUCUAAGUUCAAUUUGAGAAGAGGAAACAGUGGUUCUUGUUCUUCUCAUAAUAAUGUUGUUAUCAAUGACUGUGAUGGAGGAGAGUUUUCUAGAAUUAAUAAAAGUGGUUGUUAUUCAUCAAUGGUAGAAGUUGAUAAAGACCUUUCUUGUGUUUCAUUCACUACUUUCAAUAUUCUUGCUCCUAUUUACAAACGGAUUGAUCCACAGAACCAAGGAGUUAGAGAAAGUGAUUGCAGAUCAUUUUGGUUAGCUAGGAAUCAAAGGAUUCUUGAUUCAUUGCUUUCUGAAUCAUCUUCCAUUAUGUGCCUACAGGAAUUUUGGGUUGGAAAUGAAGAACUUGUUCACAUGUAUGAGGAAAGACUCGGGGAUGCUGGCUAUCAACUUUUCAAGCUUGCUCGAACCAACAACCGUGGAGAUGGUCUGCUGACUGCUAUACGUAAAGACCAUUUAAGUAUUGUGAAUUAUCGAGAAUUGCUUUUCAAUGACUGUGGUGACCGUGUUGCUCAGUUGUUACAUGUUCAAUCGGUUAAUCCCAUUUUACAAAACCAAAAAGACAGUCUCAAUCAAGAGUUUCUGAUUGUGAAUACUCAUUUAUUAUUUCCUCACGAUUCAAGUCUGUCUAUAGUGAGAUUGGAUCAGGUUUAUCAAAUAUUAGAAUAUGUGGAACGGUAUCAGAGAGAAAACCGGCUCAAACCGAUGCCUAUUAUACUCUGCGGUGACUGGAACGGAAGCAAGCGCGGACAUGUUUACAAGUUCCUUAGGUCACAAGGGUUUGUAUCAUCUUAUGAUAUUGCCAAUCAAUAUACUGAUAGUUAUGCCGAUGCGCACAAGUGGGUUAGUCACAGAAAUCAUAGAGGAAAUAUAUGUGGUGUUGAUUUCAUUUGGCUUUGCAAUCCUAACCAAGCGCGUAAACCCAUGAAAACAAGUUGGGCUGAAGCUGUUUUUAGUAUACUAAAGUUCCAGCUUCGGAAGGCGUCAUUGUCUGAAGAUGAUGCAUUCACCUUUCUGAAGGGUGACAACUGUGCUGAUUCUGUGACAUAUUUUAGUUUUUCUGAAGCACUUCGUAAGGUAAAGUUAAUUGGUGUGCCUUAUGGACUAUGCUUCCAACAGUUGCAAGAUCUAUGGAAUCAAGUUGAUGUAGAUGGAAAUGGUGUCAUCGACUUCGAAAAAUUCAAGCAAAAGAUUUGGAAUUCUACAUGUUCAGAGCAUGUGUGUAUGGACGAUUCUAACACCGAGCAGGAGCAUGAAGCCGUUGGUUUCAAGGUGAAGAACGCAAUGUUGUUUCCUCGUGAAAUGGAGAAAGGACUUUGGCCAGAAGAUUACUCUCUUUCUGAUCAUGCUAGGUUAACUUGUGUAUUUUCACCAGCAAAGAUGUCAUGUUCUUCGCUAUAAUAAGGACUUUAUAUUGUAAAUGUUUGUGUGGAGUCCAAAGUAGUGUAUACCUGUAAUUUAGGCAACACUUAUGGUUCACUUGUUUUUAUAUGUGUAUCGAUGCCUCGUAUAUUUGAUCCAUUAGAUUGGUAUAUGAAUAUAACGAUUAUACCAAUCUAACGGUUUGAACUACGACGUGGUAUUAUACGAAUAAUACUUGACAGAUGUACCAUAACUGUCGCCAAGUAAGCAUUUUUGGUGAGGCCAGGCCAUGUUUUUUGUUAUGGCAGUGGCAAAACAGUGUAAAGAUAUUUUUGCAAUGUGACAAAUGAUUAUUAUGUCUA